ACUAAAUAUAUAUUAUAUAUUCUUUAAAUAAAUGCCAAGUAGAGUUGAUAUACAAGGUACCAGGGGGCGUUGUUUUUUUCUAUUUACUGUUUAUAUGUGUUGGCUCAUAUAUACUGACAUUUAUCUUUCACUUUUGUUACAAAAUUGUCGUUUAUUUCCAUGACACUGUUUAUACUUAAUCACUCUAAUCUCUAAGUAGGAACAAGUAGGAGUGAUUUAUGCUAUUUCUAUGUGUAGUUGAUCUUUCGUGAUGUUUCUUUCUUUUGUCUAGUUUUUAAAAUAUAAUGUAUAUAUAUAUAUAAGUAAGUAAAGAAUAUAUUACAUGUGUUUGAUAAUUUUUAUGUGAAUUUAUUUGCUGACAUUUGACAAUGUUGUCGAAAAUGUUUCGUUUCAUGACCUCUAUCAAAAUAUGUCAAAGGUUGAAUAUGUGCAAAGUUGCUUUAGUAGUACAAACGAAUCAGAAAUGUAACUUUAAUAAACUGGUUUAUGUAGUACCCACUAUGAUGGGUCUGUGGACUUUUCAAUCCACGAAAGAGAAAGAGAAAGAGAACAAUAAUGAAGCAAAGGAAAUUGCUAUGAAAGAAAGCUAUAUUAUAACGGCAGAUGUUUUGUUUGAGCAAGGUUUAUAUAAACAAUUAUAUAAACAUUUAUCGAAUUACAAGGAUAAUAAGGAUGUAGAAAUUCUAUGGCGUCUGAGUAGGGUUUUAUAUAAUUUAUCAAAGACAGCUAAUGAAUCAGAAGCAAAAAAAAUGAUUCUAGAAGCUUAUAAUUUUAUACAAACUGCAAUGAGUAUCAAAGAAGAUCAUUAUGCUGUACAAAAAUGGAUGUCAAUAUUACUUGACAGUAAAAGUGCUAUGGAAGGCAUGAAGUCGAGAAUACAACAAUUAUACAGCAUUAAAAAGCAUAUGCUUAGGGCAAUAGAAUUAAAUCCAAAGGACGCUACUACUUUGUAUAUGCUUGGCAGUUGGUGUUACCAAGUAUCUGAUUUAGCAUGGUAUCAAAGAAAAAUUGCAACAUUAGUAUUUGAAGAACCUCCAAAUUCAUCCUUCGAAGAGGCAUUAACAUAUUUUGAAAAGGCAGAAGAAACGAGUCCUAAUUUUUAUAGUUAUAAUUUACUUAUGCUUGCAAAAACUUAUUUAAAAUUAGGUAGAAAAGAAGAUGCUCUUAGAUACUUAAAAUUGACAACAGAAUAUCCGACUACAAAUCACGAAGAUGUUCAAGCUAAGAAAGAAGCACAAGAAAUGUUGAACGCUUUCUAAAGUUUCUUAACAUAUUUUUCUUAAUGCUUAAAUGCACAAGUUAUAUUUAAUGCACACAAGUGCUUUAUUUUGUUCAGAUUGGAGUUAUAAAAGUGGGUUUUAUAGAUUGUAUAAAGAUUUUUAUGUAUGUGCAAUAUCAAAAGUAUUUGUUGAUAGGUACAAAUAUUUAAUCAAAUUUAAACUUAAUAUUUUAUUAUAUUUAAAGUAUAAAGUACGAAGAAAAGAAACAUAUAUACAUUCAUAUAAAAGGAACACAUAGAUUGAAUUUAUUACGAUGUUGGUUUACAAUAUUAAUACGUUGCUAUAUAUACUAUAUAAGUUAUUUUUUAUAUGCAUUUACUAUAAAAUUCGUUGUAAAAUCAUGUAUAAAAUAUAAUACAGAAAGUUAUUACAUUACACUUUUACUAACUUUUUUUUUUAUAAUACUGAAAGAAUAAAUUAUUAGAAAUGUUGAAAAGAAAAAAAAAUGAUUAAUUUUAUACAUGAAUUUACUGCGUUCUAUCAUUCUCUCUUUCUCUCUCUCACAUUUUCUCAUUCUUUCUCUCUUUCACUUUCUUCAUUCGUUAUAUAAUUAAUUAAAAUUUAUGGUAUCUAUUAAUUAUUUUAAAUUAAUCGUAAUUCUCUGAUUUUUUUUUGUUUAUAUAAAUUUUAUUUUAGCGAUCUACAAAAUCUAAAUUAUCAUUGUCAUUAAUUUGUUGGUUCAUUGGCUCUAUUCGUCUUUCCAGAUUUUCUUGCAGUAGGACUGCUUCCGCCCAAUUUACUUCUCCUGGAAUUGCUUCCACGGGUGCUGGAUUUAAUUGUUCUUCAUUUUCUUCUCUUUGCCUUUGUUCAUAUCGGUUUACAACUUGUUGUGCUGCAACUUGUAAAUAUCUGAACUGUCGUCUUCUUCGUUCUAUUUGUUCCUGUUCUUUUUGUUGGAAUUCUAUAUGUUGAAAGUAUCGUCUCCGUCGGUACUCUCGUCUUACAGCAUCUGGCUCUCUUUCUUCUAGUCUAAUCGGUAGAUCAGAUUCGAUAGGUAAUCUAUCAUUAAUGCUGACAUAGCUAGGGCCAACGUGAUGAAUCGGAUGUUCAAUUGGUACUGGAAAGUGUACUUGGUGUCUGCUGCAAGUACAAAGAACCGCUAACCACAUAUAAUUCGACGGUAGUCGUGGUAGCGUUAAUUGUAAAAUUUCUUCUUGAUAUUCAUCCUCGUUGUUUGGUAGGAGAGGAUAGUCCGCCAAUAUUCUGUUCAUGUUUGAUAAUUGAUAUAUCUGUACAGAAAAAAGUUAUUUUUAUAUUAAAUUAUUUACUUUAUAUUGGAUACACGAAAUAAAUUUAAUAAUAAUAAUAAUAAUAGAGUAUUUCCGGGUGAAUCAUAUGUUAUAGAUAUAGUUAGAUUUUCAAAUAUUUUUGGUGAUAAGAUUGAUAAUUAUUACAUGUAUUAUAAUUUAUUAUAUAAUUAUAUAUAUGUAUAUAUACAAUUAAUAUAAAUGCAUAUUAAUUAAAAACAAAUAAACAAUACUGUUGUUCUCAUUAAGAAAUUAGAUAAGUUAUUUGUAAUAUAGAAAUUAAAUACUCUUCAAAAUUUUCUAUUUGUUCUUUAAAUUUAAAACUAUUUAAUAAUUAAAUUGACGAUGCACUCAAGUUUUACAAAAAUGGAUAUACCACUCUUGGAACUAUACUGAUAUUUAUUCUUUCAAAUGUAUUAUUUUAAUGUAGUUUAAUGUAGUUUAAUUCACACGAUCGCGACUUAUUUUUGCAAUUAGUAUCAAAGUAUUAUUUAAAAAUUUAUUUUUAAAUAUUAUUUGAUUAUAUUUAUAAAAAGAAAUAAGUGUAUCGUUAAGUUAUUAUAUUAAAUAAAUUUACAUGUAUCAAUCACAAUUUUCAAUUAAAUAUUAAUCACGAUCACACACGAUUUGUUUAUUUAUUACAUUUGAAAUUGUAGAAAAAAUUGGAAUAUUUAGAAUGAUUAAAAAAUUAAUUUCACUAUUAGAAAAAAUUCAAUCGUACUUACGUUUACUUCUUUUUUCACGGAAACUAUGUAGCGUACUAUUAUCGUAGUAUAUUAGAUAAACUGGAAUAUACUAUUUGACAGAAGAAACCAAAGUAUGAACCUGGCACGAUGUGUCUCAGUUGAAAAUUUGAGAAUGACUGGUAAAUGGCUGAAGAAAAUUUACCCAUUUAUAUAUUGGUUUUCCCCACCACAGGAAUAGAUUCGGCAAUGUGUAAAAGAUUUUUCUAUUUAACUGGCUUUUUCAGGUAUACGUAUUUGUUCCAGGUAUACGUCCUAUUUACGUACGGGUAUAUACCCGACAUUUCUAAUUUAAUUUAUUAGUUUAUUGAACCUUUUAAUGUUUUACAAUCAUGGUAAAAGCUUCAAUAAAAUCAUAUGACAAUGUCUGUGUGUCACAAAUACAUAGAGAAAUUUAGUAAUUGGUAAGUACAUUAAUUAUAAGUGUAUGUACACAUAUAAUUAUACACAAACACGCAUACACACGCACACGCACACAUGAGUAUAGUCCAUCUAUAAUAAAAAAUAAAUAAUAAUUUAUGCGAUGUAUCUAAGAGUAAGAAAGAGAAAAAGAGAGAGAUGUCUAAUUUUCAUUCCUAAUAUAAUAACAUUUAAAAAUUGUAACAUUUCUUAGCUCAAUUAUACUGCAAUAAAAUGAUGCGAUAUUGUUCUAAGAUUGAGUUUGAGAAGAUACAACCACAUAGUGCUAGAGAACUAAGUUCUAUUUCAUCAGUAAAUCUUUUUGUAAAUUUUCUUAAACUAAUUUUUAGUUAAUGUACCUAUACAUGUAAAUCUCACUUGUAUAUUUUUUUUUGCGAGGAUUUCAAUGAUUAGGCUAUAUAAUGUAUCAGAGAGAUUACCUGAACGACAAUAAAAUGCAAUAUCAUCGAUCACUCGA